AAGAUGGCCUCAUUGGGGAAGGUGACCGAGGUUCCCAGCGGGAAAGUCUACCAGCAGAUCUUCGAGGCGGAGGUGCAGCUGGUCCGCUCCCUGGCCACCUCCAGGAAGCAGAAUGUGGAGCGUUCCAUGACCCUGAAGAAUGGCAGCAAGCCCUUGAUGAAGAAGGUGGACAUUCCUGAGGGGGAGACGAUGUCCCCUCGGCAGCGGAAGUGGAUGCACAGCCUGCCCAAUGACUGGGUCACGGAAAACCCUGUUCUCUACAGGGAAAAGAAAAGUAUGAAGAAGAAAAAAGCUCAACAGAGCGAGAGCACCAUCGAUGCCCUGAAAGUCCGGAACCUCAUGGACACCAUCGUUCCUGAGCGACCCGGCACUGUCGCCCUUCGAGGAGACUACAAGAGGAAGUGCUAUGAGAGUGCUCUGGGGAGUUUUAAGGAAGAGAUUGCUCAGAUCGGGAUGGAAAUGGAACCCCUCAUCUUGGAGCCAGGAGCUCUUCUUUUUAAAAAGCUGGCUGAGCUUGAGGAAGACAUCAACUGCCUCUUCAAAAAGGUGGAAAAUGACAACAACUUCGAAGACUACAAUAUCGAAACUCUGUUGGAACUGUGGGACCAGGUGGCCAAGAAGUCCCAGCUCCAGAAGCAGGGGGUUAAGGAGCUGGAUGAGACACUCUACUCAGUCGAGUUCUCCCGGGCAGAUAAACUAAAAAGUGUGUUGAAGAAAUACAUGGAAAUCAUAAAGAAAACGUCCUACCUCAUGCCACCCGACGUGCACAGGCUGAUCGAUAAAGAAGCCAUGGUCAUAAACCAAGCCCUGCUGGGAAACCGGAGGGCCAUCGCACAGCUGUCCGUCAACCUGAUGGAGGCGACGCUGAAGCAGGAGCUCGAGAGCCGCCGCCGCUGGCAGGACCUGGUCGAUGCCUGGAAGGCUCUCAAGAAGGAGGCCCUGGUGCAGAGCUUCAGUGAGUUCAUGGCCAGUGAGAGGAUCCUGGCUCCUCCAGCCGUGAAGAAGGAGCUGGAGAACAUCCUGAAGAACCAGAAAGCCCUGCAGAGAAAGCGGCUGACGCAUCUCUACAGCAUCUGUGACCUUCUGCCCCCCAAUUACAGCAAAGAGCAGCUGGCUGAAUGGUAUUCUUCUUUCAACUCCCUGAAUAAGUGCCUUGACACCUACCACGCCAAGUGUAUGAUGCAGCUCCGCUUCCAGUAUGAGAAGACCCGGCAGGAGUGCCUGGCCUAUGUGCAAAAGUGCAGGAAGCAGCUGCUGGACUGGAAAGCCUUCACUGAGGAGGAGGCAGAGAGCGUGGUGAGCCCGUCCUUCUUCCAGGCAGUGGAAGUGCUCCAGAACAAGGUGGAGGAGGAGCUGGAGUCCUUGGACAAAUCCUUUGAGGCCCUAGCGAAGCGGGCAGAGUGGCAGAGCUUGAACCUCUUCAGCUACUUCCAGGAGGCCGUGCAGCUGUGGGAGGCACAUCAGGGCCUGCUGUCUGUGCAGGAGCUGGAGCUGGAGAAGCGGAUGGAGCUGCAGCGCCAGAAGCACAGCCUGGAGGACCAGGCCCAGGAGGCCCAACUUGACGAGCUGUUGGACCAACUGAGGCAGGAAAGCAGUGAGGAAACACUGAAGUCUUACCUGGAAAAGGCCAAAGAUUUUCUGAAGAAUAUAAAAUGCAGGUAUGAGUAUUUUCAUGCCCUCCUGACCCAAGAAGUGAUGGAGUACUCAGCAAUCAUACUGAAAGAACUCAAUUCCUACAGCUCCAACCUCAGCCGACACUUUCAUGUUCGUGAAAUCUUUGAACAGAACUUGGAUGGGGAAGUCAUUCUCAAACUCAGGGAACCAGAAGGAUGUGAAAAGCAUUUCCAGGAGAAAAUUAGAAAACUGAGGAGGAAGCAAAGGGCUAAUGUGGAAAUGAGCAAAAGUGAGGGAAGCAUAAGUGGAAGCACAAGUUCCCCCAGGCCAGCAGAAGAAAUGGAAGAAGAAAAAUCUCAAGACAUUGAGUCCUUCAUGAUUGAAGAGGUGAGAGUAGGCCAGCAGGUGAAAUCCAUACUGAGUGAAGAGACGGGUGAGCCCAGAGAGGACUCUAUUCAGGAAUUAGAAGAAAUGCAGGUUGAAAGAGACAGCUUCUUAAAACCAUCCCAGGAAAAUGUGAUGGUUCAAGAAAAGGAGAAGGAAGAGAAGAAAGAGGAGGAGGUGCAGGAGGAGGAGAAGGAGAAGGAAGAAAAGGAGGAGAAAGAAGAAGAGAAGGAGAAAGAAGAAGACAAGGGAGAGGAGGAAAAGGAAGAAUAUGAUAAUUUACUUACAUUUGAGUUCAAAGCCCAGGAAGAGAGUCUGGAUUCUGCAUCCUAUGAGGACAUGGAGUCCUUCACAGUCUCCAGCGGGAACACUUACUUUGUCUUCCUACCCCUGGAACAAGAAGAAGAGGAUUGCGAGAAGCCCCAGUCCAACCUUUCGGCCACUCUCCUCAACACUUCCAAUGCCAAGUUGCUGGAACAAGUAAUAAUUCCGUCCACACUAGUUACAGAAAUUAAGAAACAACUUCGAGCUGGCUUCUUUCAACACUUAGAGGAGUGGUUUGACCAGUGUGCUCUCAGUGUCCGGGCCAUUGUUGCCACCAAGAUUGAUGAGCUGGAGUCCGAACUGGAGCUGCGUCUGCGUCUGCACAAGCCAAGAGCCCAGCGCAUUGAAGAGGACAUCCACAAUGUCAGGGCAGCCGAGCUCUUGCUUCAUCAAGAGCGUGUGGACAGCCACUGCGCUGGGGUGGUAGAGGCGCUGAGGAAGGAGAAGCUGAUGUUCUCCCAGUUCCAAGAGGAGCAAAACAUGAAAUCUGAAAACUUCCGCCGCAAAAUUUACGACAUGGAACACGUCUUCCUGAAUGCCACCAAGAGCCAGAAGCUGGCCACUCUCAGCAGCACACUGCACCAGGAGCUGCUUAGCUACGUUGAUGUCAUCCAGGUGUCCCUGCGCAGCUUCCGCCAGUACCUGGAGGAGAGCCUGGGCAAGCUUCGUUAUACCAACAUCGAGUUCAUCAAGCACUGCAGAUUGUUUUCAGAGGGAGGCAACUUUUCUUCUGAAGAAAUUGAGUCACUAUGUAACCGACUAGAUAAGGAAGCUGCCCGGAUAGAGUUUGUUGAAAGCUCUAUCAUGAUCAACAUGGAGAAGAUGGAGAACGACUACCUGGACCAGGCCAAUGAUUUCAUCAACAAGUUUGAAAGUAAAUUCCAUAACCUGUCUGUGGACCUUAUUUUCUUAGAGAAAAUCCAGCGUCUGCUGACAAAUCUGCAAGUGAAAAUCAAGUGUGAGGUGGCAAAAUCCAAUUCACAAGCAGAUGGAUUAAAUUCUUCUCUGGAACGGCUUCAAAGCAAAGUAGAAAUGUAUCGAAACUCAAGGGGAGAUAAAAAGGUAGUGACCACAGAAGAUGUGCGUGGCUCUGUCCAAACUUGGAAAGAAAAACUGAACCAGAGGAUUCAAUACCUCAACUGUGGGCAGGAUAGAGUGUCCACGACUCAAGUGGAUUUUACUGACAAUGUGCUGACUGACCUGGAGAUAGAGAGUGAAAUCCUGGUGUCUUCAGAAGCCCUUGAAGAGGAGGCCAAGACACAUGGAGUCACCCCCGAGUCCUUGGCCCAUCCAAGCCGCAUGGGGAAGCCAAUGAUUGAAGACCCAGCUAUCGAGGUGGUCAAGAAGAUCCUGCAACUUCAGGACUCAAAAUUCUCAACUCCCUCAUGUGAGAAAAUUCGAUCACAGACAGGUAGAGGCAAAGAGGACUGUGAAUCUCAGGGCACUGGUGGUAGGGAAGCCAAUGGUGCUGCCUGGCCCUCCUCACCUCGGGUCCUCUGCUCUUGUUCUGGGCAAUUGCCACCCAAAGGCUUGAAGCGACACCGGAAUCAAGGAGAACACCCUGUGAAGCCCUUGUGCGGUGGCAAUGUCACCUCAUCAGGGAGCAACAUACCGUUCGCCAAACCCAGCAAAAUCGACAGAAAGUACCAGGUGCUCUGGGACAAGCCACCUCCUCAGGCUGAGGAUUUUAAAGGGAUCAUCCUGACCCUCCUUUGGGAGAGCAUCGAGCAUCUGAUGAACGUCGUGGAGGAGUUUAAUCGCAAAGAGAAGCGCACCAUCACGAGGCCUGAUUGCAUGUGUGACAACUUUGAACAGUGUGUGGAGAACAUCAGCAAGAAGAUGCUGGAGUACCAGACACAGAUGGAUGAGUACCACAACUCCUGCCUCCUAGAAUUACGAGCCCAGAUGAGGAGGUUUGAGGAGCUGCUGCCCCAGGUGUGUUGGCUGGUGAUGGAAAAUUUCAAGGAGCACAACUGGAAAAGAUUUUGCACCUCCGCCAAAGAGAUCCGGGAACAGUUCUGGGAUUAUCAUAAACGACUGGAGAAAAAGAAGGAUAAAAAUGCCCAGAGUCUCCAUCCAAAUCUUGGACACCCUGCACAUUUCCAAGAAAUAGAGUCUCUAUGUCUAGUGGAAGAGAAAAGGCAGGCAGAGUUGGACAGCACAAUUAUGGCAACCAGGGAGAAGCUAGAGGAAUGUGCCAGGAAGCACGGCCGGUUAUUCAUAGCCAGCUUGGCCACCUUCACCGAGAAGUUCCUGCUGCAGCUGGAUGAAGUGGUCACCAUCGAUGAUGUCCAGGUUGCAAGGAUGGAGCCCCCCAAACAGAAAACAUCAAUCCUCAUACGGAAGAAACUUGCCCAGCUCUCCCUGGAGGAAGAGAGCGAGAAGCCCCUGAUUGAACGGGGUAGCAGGAAGUGGCCUGGAAUCAAACCCACUGAAUUCACCAUCCAAAACAAGAUUCUUCUCCGGAAGACGCCAUCAAUCACCACCGCCAAGACAACCUUGGGCCACCUGGCAUCCGUGGAAGCCCGAGAUGCUGUCUACCGGAAAUAUUUAGCAUUAUUUGAAGAGGAAUUGAAGAAGAUCCAGGAUGACAACACAGCACAGAUGAAGGAGGCUCAGCGCUGGAAGGACAGCUGGAAGAGCUCUGUGCAUACCAUCCAGGGCCUGUACUUGUGA